CAGGUGCCAGCAGAGUGACAGGACAACACAACGACUUCCUUCACGGUGCAACCACCAAAUGUAUCCGGCGAGGGCAAUGCGACGUUUUCAUGGGAAUUACAAGAUUUUAAGCAGAAUGUGAGAGUCCAAACAAACAUGGCAGCGAUAUAGCCUCUUUUCCAUAUAUCAUGCGUUAAAAUAACGGUUUGGAACAACCAUACAGCUUUUUAAUGAAAGCAAAAAUAUUAUCGGAAGUAGACGUGUAACUAGGGAAGCGGUCCCAGGGCUCGACUAGGAACAAGGGCGGAGAUCGAGAACCUUUGUAUUAGCUGUCAAGUUGCAAUUUACUGUGGAAUAAUUUCUCCCGUCUGUCUGAAUGACACUCGAUCAUGCCAUUAAUGCUAGCGCUUGUCAUCACUUUUUUAUGAUUUUUGGAUGAGCUGCGUAUGAAUUUGGAAGAGGGUCACGACAGGAGCUCUCGUCAAUGUGGGAAUAAGUAUCCGGAGAAAAAGUGGACUGAAUGAAAAAAUGCACAACAUGGAAAUAUAAGUGGACGGUUGUAAAUUGUAACAUGUACAUUUAGAAAAAGCUUUAUAAAUGGUGUCAAAUGACCUUCAGUCUUUAGGAAUAAAUGACAGAAAACUGUCUACGUGGGCUAGAUUAAGAUACGUGGUAGCUAAAACUAGUUCAAAGUUGGACGCCCCUAGGGCUACGUAACGCAGACUAACACGAUGUCAGCCGCUAGAUAACGGACAACAUUUGUACAAGUUCAGAUGAGCCUUGCUAACAGCAGACGUAGGACACCUAGGAGUGAAAAAAAAAGACAAUUCCGUUUUGCGUUAGCUUUCUGUUUUUGACGGUUUCGCCUGGAGCCUAAUAUCAGUGUUUAUAAAGAUCAGCCGACGUGUUCUGCAAAAAUGUCACCCCUACCCGCCUUCCCUCUCCUCAUCAACAUCUGCAUGUCGGCUGUGGGGUUCUAUGCUACCUUAAAACUGAUCCCCGCUUUCAGGGAACAUUUCAUCUCGGCCAGGCUGUACGGCGUGGACCUGAACAAGACCACCAAGAAGGAGAUCCCCGAGUCUCAGGGAGUGAUCAGUGGCACGGUGUUCCUCAUCAUCCUCUUCUGCUUCAUCCCGGUGCCCUUCCUCAGCUGCUUUGUGGAGGAGCAGUGUCAGCGCUUCCCCCAUAAUGAGUUUGUGCAGCUGAUCGGCGCGCUCCUGGCGAUCUGCUGCAUGAUCUUCCUGGGCUUCGCCGACGACGUGCUCAACCUGCGCUGGCGCCACAAGCUGCUCCUGCCCACCAUGGCCUCCCUGCCCCUGCUCAUGGUCUACUUCACCAACUUUGGGAACACCGUCAUCGUGGUGCCCAAGCCCUUCCGCAGCCUGCUGGGCCUGCACCUGGACCUGGGUAUCCUCUACUAUGUGUACAUGGGCAUGCUGGCCGUGUUCUGUACCAACGCCAUCAAUAUUCUGGCAGGGAUCAAUGGCAUUGAGUCUGGCCAAGCCCUGUUCAUCUCUGGCUCCAUCAUCCUCUUCAACCUGCUGGAGCUGAACGGGGACUACAAAGACGACCAUGUUUUCUCCCUUUACUUCAUGAUCCCUUUCUUCUUCACCACGCUGGCUCUCUUGUACCACAACUGGUACCCAUCCUCUGCCUUCGUGGGAGAUACCUUCUGUUACUUUGCGGGGAUGACCUUUGCUGUGGUGGGGAUCCUGGGCCACUUCAGCAAAACCAUGCUGCUGUUCUUCAUCCCCCAGGUUCUCAACUUCCUGUACUCCCUGCCCCAGCUCUUCCACGUGGUGCCCUGUCCUCGACACCGCCUGCCCAGGCUGAAUCCUGUCACUGGGAAGCUAGAAAUGAGCUAUUCCAAGUUUAAAAGCAAGGACCUGUCCAGGCUAGGAGAACUGAUUCUGAAGGGAGCGGAGGUGGUGUGGCUGGUGGAGGUGCAAAGAGGUGGGGAUGGGGAGGACGAGUUCAUUGAGUGUAACAACAUGACUCUCAUCAACCUGGUGAUCAAGGUGCUGGGCCCCCUGCAUGAGAGGACGCUCACUGUCAUCAUGCUGCUCAUACAGGUGUUGGGGAGCGCCGUGGCCUUCGGGAUCCGCUACCACCUGGUGCGCCUCUUCUACGACGUCUAGACACCACACAGAGGGACCCCUGGGAAAGGGUUGCGAAGAGAAAAAUCCACAUUUGUCUUUUUUUUUUUGUUUGAAAAACGUAACUGUCUACUACUGUGAAAAUCCUGAAUGUUGUUUAUGUUUGUUUGAUUUUUUAUUUACUCCUUGUAUCUUUGUUCCUGAUCGGGUGUUAGUGUGGUGUACGUUUCUGACGUCGUUGCAAUGUUCUUAGCUGCUCUCUGUCCUCGCAAGUCAAUUUGCUCAUAGCUGAACUUAGAUGUCAUGAGAUGAUUUGGACUUUGGCACCUGCAGCUUAAAGAAGGAAGUCAGAAACCUGCCUAUCAAACCGCUGGAAUAAAAGUGAGUCCUGAAGGGUUUUGUUUUUGUCUGGCUUAAUCUAGACCCCCCACCCUACACUUGGGUCUGUGCCAUCUUCGUCCCAGGUCUGUCUCUGUUGACUGCUGUCGUCCAAGAUGAGCCCCCAGCAGUCCAGGAAUAAGAGACUGAGUCAGUCACACGCCUGGGUGAAAACAUGACGGCGUGGCCUACUAACAGCCCUUUUCCAUCUCGUAUCCAGAUGGGUGGCCACAACUAGGGAUAAAAACAGAAAAUGUUAGUUAUGGGAACCAUGCAGCAUAUAUACACAGAUUUUCAAACUCGACAUGCCAUAAAAUUAUGAGUUUAGAAAAUGUAUCAUACUAAUUUUGGAUUAAAGUAUUUUUCUAAUGUGC